GUUGGUAACAGGUUCCUGCAUAUUUUGUUAUCUGCUCUUCAACUCCCUUACAUCUUUCUCCUCUGCACCUGAUUGUUCACGCAGAACGGUUCUUUCCUACCAGCACACGAUUCUCGCUCCAGCUCGACGUUCUUCCAACAGCAUUGCAUCUGCGAUUCUGCAACGCCUACAUCUACGUCAUUGAGCUCGCACCCACCGACAAACUACUCCUCCAACCGCAAUAAUGGCUGGCCAUCACGACCCGAAAUUGCUCUAUACGGUCAAUGGGAUCAAAGCCUAUCACAUCCAAGAUGGCGAAGAGCAAUCGCUCACCCCAUCUGGCCCACAGACCCUUUCCCUGCUCAUGGUCCCCACCAACUCGCCCUUCGCCGACCUCUCCACCACCAUCCCCCAGAAUGAGGCGCCCGACGAGGACUUCUACCUCCACCUCCACCUCCCACCCGAGCUCGACCUGCCCAUGCCCGCCAGCACUCAGAUCUAUCACCAACCUCCUUCCUCUUACUUGAUCCCUCGCUGGGACCUUGGAGCCGAGACCGGAGCCUUCACCAAGAUCGAGUUUCCCAGAGUGGGAUACGGCACCACGCAGGAAGAUGUGGACACAUUUGAGACCAUCCUUGCUCAGUGUACCGCGUUCCUGGAAAGAGCAAGACCGCCUGUGCCCCCCAGGAAAGGCGAGAAGAGCAGCCAAUACAACCCAGCCGACUACGCUCCCGGCGGAACGCUGUACGAUCCCGAUGCAAAAGGCCAAGAGCAUGGCCAGAUCGUCCUCAUCGACGAAGACGACGGGUCAGUCGUUGGUGAGCUCGGCGGCGACGCCAAGAUCUUCGAGGAUCCGAGCCUGAAGAUUGGUACCAAGGAUCCCGUUGAAGUGCAGGUGACACAAGAUGGGAAGCGGAUUGAGGUUCGCCCCGUAAGCGAAGACUACCUCCGUCUGUCAAGACAUCCCGCGUACAAGGACAGUAGCCUGGUCCAGAAUGCCGCCACGGCGUCUCGUCUGAUCGUCACCUCCAGCAGCUACAUAGGAAACAUCCUCACCUCUGGCGCCGAGUCCUUCACGCAAAAGACAAAGCCCAGCGCGAAGCCUCUGGAAUUCAGCCCGGCGACCCACAACCGCGUGCGGAAGAUUAAUACUCUUACCCAAGAAACAGCGCGCAUGAGCAGCAAGACCAUUGGACGCAUCACCGACGUUGCCCAGAAUGCAGCAGCGACGAUGUCAGGCCACAAAAAGAUCCGCCCCUCCAAAGGCUUCGAUGAGAAAGGCAACCCGCUCCCGCAAGAAGAGUACAACCCCGGUCUCCUGAACAAGAGUAUGAUCGCUUUCAGCACCAUCGCAGACGGCAUCGCCACCUCUGGGAAGCAACUACUGACCACCGGCGGUGUGGCUGCAUCGACAAUGGUGGGUCACAAAUGGGGCGAGGAAGCUGGUUCCAUGACCGCGGAUCUCGCAGGCGGGGUGAAGAACGUGGGACUCGUGUACAUCGACGUCGCUGGAGUCAGCCGCAGGGCGGUGAUCAAGAGUGUGGCGAAAGGAAUGGUUGUUGGAAAGGUCAAGGGAGGUGGCCAGGUGGUCGUGGGUGGUGGAGAUGGAGGCACUGUGCCUGACAACGAUGUCAAGGCUUAUCAGGAGAGCGCCGCUGGCGCUGGCAAGCAAGACUACGGUCCCUCCUCUGGCAAAUACGAGCCCGUUGGUUUUGGGAACUCGGCUCCCCCGAGGUACGAAGACUUUGGCGGGGGGAAGAAGCAGUGAAAGUGCAAGGCUUCUUUUAUGCUCUACGCUCGACUGACUUGGUCGAGCGACGGCUGAGGAGGGGAAAGAGUAAAUGAUGAGUAACGAAAAGCAAUAGUUAGCAUUGUAUAGCCUCUGAGAAAUCGAAAGCUCUCUGUACUA